GUCUCAGGCGCACAAUACCACGGUCACGUGGUAGCAAGCUAGCGAUAGUAAAAGACAGGGAGGUGGGUUGGGGGGAGAGUGGCUGUAGCAGAGAGAGAGAGUGAGAGAGAGAGAGACCCAAGGUAACAGGCAUGAGGCACUUUUGUAAGUGAGGACUGUUCAAAAUGAGAUGUACUAUAAAGUCACAAGUCACAGUCACAUAAAAGUGCUGGAAUGAACUUGCACAGUGUGCCUUCGCAUUUCCAGAGAACAGUGUGAGGAAGAGUCUCUAGAGAGGUCAAUCAGGAUGGGUUGUACAUGCAGUGGUCCUAAGCACAAGCUCGAGACGAGCUACAACUUCCAGAGCGAACAACCCAGGGCCACAAACAACUCGAACGAACUGGCAAACGCCUGGUCAAUGGUACCUGAUGCAAACAGACAAGACACCGUAACUAACAAUGGAGAUAUUGUGGUUGCUCAGUAUGACUUCAAGCCGGUCACUUCUGAUGACUUGCCUUUCCGAAAAGGAGACAAGUUCCAAAUUAUCGAGGAGGAUGGUGACUGGUGGUUUGCCAAGUCAUUGACCACAGGUGAUGAAGGCUACAUUCCCUGUACAUAUAUGGCAAAACAAGACACAAUGGAUGUAGAGAAAUGGUUUUUCAAGAACUUGAGUCGCAAAGAUGCAGAGCGUCUGCUUCUCGCCCCGGGGAAUCAAACUGGGUCAUUUCUAAUCAGAGAAAGCGAGACAGCUAAUGGAUCAUUCUCGUUGACUAUCAGAGACAUGGAUCCUGAACACGGGGAUGUCAUCAAACACUACAAAAUCCGUUGCCUUGACAACGGUGGCUAUUAUAUCUCCCCGGCGACCUCUUUUACUUCACUGCAGGAGCUGGUGAAAUUUUACUCCAAGACAGCAAAUGGGCUGUGCCAGCGACUGACUGACCCCUGCAGGCGCAUGCAGCCGCGACAGCCGUGGGCUCAGGAUGCCUGGGAGAUCCCGAGAGAGACACUGAAGAUGUUGAAGAAGCUCGGGUCGGGCCAGUUUGGAGAGGUGUGGAUGGGCUACUAUAAGAACUCCCAAAAGGUGGCCAUCAAGAUGCUGAAAGAGGGCAGUAUGGAGCCAGAGGCCUUCCUGCAGGAGGCCAACCUGAUGAAGAAGCUACAACACGAGAGGCUGGUACGCCUGUAUGCCGUCGUCACCAAAGAGCCCAUCCUCAUCAUCACAGAGUACAUGAGCAACGGAAGUUUACUUGACUUCUUAAAAACCGAAGAUGGAAAACGCCUGAAGUAUCCUAAACUUAUAGAUAUGUCAGCACAGAUUGCGGAAGGCAUGGCUUACAUAGAGAAGAAAAACUACAUUCACAGGGAUCUCAGGGCGGCCAACAUCCUGGUGUCGGAGACUCUGCACUGCAAGGUUGCGGAUUUUGGUCUGGCUAGGAUUAUCGAGACAGAGUACACGGCACAGGAAGGGGCGAAAUUUCCAAUCAAAUGGACUGCACCAGAAGCAAUCAACUUUGGGACUUUCAGCAUCAAGACAGACAUCUGGUCUUUCGGUAUUCUCCUUACGGAAAUCAUCACAUAUGGGAGGACGCCCUAUCCAGGCAUGACCAACCCAGAGGUGAUACGACUCCUGGACAAGAAGUACAGGAUGCCGUGUCCCGAUGCGUGUCCGCAGGAGCUCUACCAGAUCAUGCUGAAAUGCUGGCAGGAGAGGCCCGAGGAUCGGCCCACCUUCGAUUACCUGCAGUACACCCUCAAUGACUUUUUCAUCGCCACCGAGGGCCAGUACGAGAUGCAGCCCUAACCCUGGCUGACGGAGCAAGCAGACAUUGUCCCCCUGUUACACAUGGAACGAAUCGGCGGUGGAGAUUGGGUGGUCACAAGGGUUUCAAAGCAGGAUUGGAGAGUGCGAGAAGGCCAAAGACAACUCAAAACACCACCCUGAAUGUCAAUUAAUAAGAUAUUAUGAUGGAGUCUGCAAUGCCAAAUCAUUUCUUACGGGAAAUGCUGCCUCUCUGUGUGAAAGCGUCCUCUGUGACUCACCGUUUGGGGAAAAAACAUUGUCCCUUUACUGACAUUCUGCAGAAUGCUGUGUAUUACGUGUGGCCUUAGAAAAACUACAUCUGCACUGAUAUUUAUUGGACCAAAAAGCUGGAGAGGAUAGGGAGAUCCUUAUUUACAAGUGUGGAUUUCUUCUUUUUGUUUGUUUCCAGAGACUCCAGGGAACAAAAAUACUCAGGUAUGUAACUAACACACGUUGGAGUGUAUAGAACAUUUCUGUGAAUAUAGUAAGAGACUGAUCCUUAAAUUUAGAAUAGAUCAUGACCCUAAAAAUGAUCCCCUGUGACACAUCAAGGAAAAGUUAAACAUAUAGCACUUUGAAAAGAAUCCUAUUAGAACAAUGUAUUUAAAUAAAUUUUUGAACUCUUUCACUGAA